AUGGCUCGCAAAAACAACGAUUCUCAAUAUAUACCCACCAUAUUCCUUCAAAAAUUCACGAUUCCGGGAACGUCAAAUGUUUCUAGGACUAGUACUGCUCUACUGGAAAGUGAGAAAUCUAAUACAAAACUCCAGGCCAGUCCUAGAGUUCGGGUCCGAGUACCUUUGCAAUGGCUCGCAAAAACAACGAUUCUCAAUAUAUACCCACCCAUAUUCCUUCAAAACUUCACGAUUCCGGAAACGUCAAAUGUUUCCAGGACUAGUUCUGCUCUAUUGGAAAAUGAGAAAUCUAAUACAAAACUCCAGGCCAGUCCCAAAGGUCGGGUCCGAGUACCUUUGCAAUGGCUCGCAAAAACAACGAUUCUCAAUAUAUACCCACCCAUAUUCCUUCAAAACUUCACGAUUCCGGAAACGUCAAAUGUUUCCAGGACUAGUUCUGCUCUAUUGGAAAAUGAGAAAUCUAAUACAAAACUCCAGGCCAAUCCCAGAGGUCGGGUCCGAGUACCUUUGCAAUGGCUCGCAAAAACAACGAUUCUCAAUAUAUACCCACCCAUAUUCCUUCAAAAAUUCACGAUUCCGGAAACGUCAAAUGUUUCCAGGACUAGUACUGCUCUAUUGGAAAGUGAGAAAUCUAAUACAAAACUCCAGGCCAGUCUCAGAGGUUGGGUCCGAGUACCUUUGCAAUGGCUCGCAAAAACAACGAUUCUCAAUAUAUACCCACCCAUAUUCCUUCAAAACUUCACGAUUCCGGAAACGUCAAAUGUUUCCAGGACUAGUUCUGCUCUAUUGGAAAGUGAGAAAUCUAAUACAAAACUCCAGGCCAAUCCCAGAGGUCGGGUCCGAGUACCUUUGCAAUGGCUCGCAAAAACAACGAUUCUCAAAAUAUACCCACCCAUAUUCCUUCAAAAAUUCACAAUUCCGGAAACGUCAAAUGUUUCCAGGACUAGUUCUGCUCUAUUGGAAAAUGAGAAAUCUAAUACAAAACUCCAGGCCAAUCCCAGAGGUCGGGUCCGAGUACCUUUGCAAUGGCUCGCAAAAACAACGAUUCUCAAUAUAUACCCACCCAUAUUCCUUCAAAAAUUCACGAUUCCGGAAACGUCAAAUGUUUCCAGGACUAGUACUGCUCUAUUGGAAAGUGAGAAAUCUAAUACAAAACUCCAGGCCAGUCUCAGAGGUUGGAACUUCACGAUUCCGGAAACGUCAAAUGUUUCCAGGACUAGUACUGCUCUAUUGGAAAGUGAGAAAUCUAAUGCAAAACUCCAGGCCAGUCUCAGAGGUUGGGUCCGAGUACCUUUGCAAUGGCUCGCAAAAACAACGAUUCUCAAUAUAUACCCACCCAUAUUCCUUCAAAACUUCACGAUUCCGGAAACGUCAAAUGUUUCCAGGACUAGUUCUGCUCUAUUGGAAAAUGAGAAAUCUAAUACAAAACUCCAGGCCAAUCCCAGAGGUCGGGUCCGAGUACCUUUGCAAUGGCUCGCAAAAACAACGAUUCUCAAUAUAUACCCACCCAUAUUCCUUCAAAAAUUCACGAUUCCGGAAACGUCAAAUGUUUCCAGGACUAGUACUGCUCUAUUGGAAAGUGAGAAAUCUAAUACAAAACUCCAGGCCAGUCUCAGAGGUUGGGUCCGAGUACCUUUGCAAUGGCUCGCAAAAACAACGAUUCUCAAUAUAUACCCACCCAUAUUCCUUCAAAACUUCACGAUUCCGGAAACGUCAAAUGUUUCCAGGACUAGUUCUGCUCUAUUGGAAAGUGAGAAAUCUAAUACAAAACUCCAGGCCAAUCCCAGAGGUCGGGUCCGAGUACCUUUGCAAUGGCUCGCAAAAACAACGAUUCUCAAUAUAUACCCACCAUAUUCCUUCAAAAAUUCACGAUUCCGGGAACGUCAAAUGUUUCUAGGACUAGUACUGCUCUACUGGAAAGUGAGAAAUCUAAUACAAAACUCCAGGCCAGUCCUAGAGUUCGGGACUAGUUCUGCUCUAUUGGAAAAUGAGAAAUCUAAUACAAAACUCCAGGCCAGUCCCAAAGGUCGGGUCCGAGUACCUUUGCAAUGGCUCGCAAAAACAACGAUUCUCAAUAUAUACCCACCCAUAUUCCUUCAAAACUUCACGAUUCCGGAAACGUCAAAUGUUUCCAGGACUAGUUCUGCUCUAUUGGAAAAUGAGAAAUCUAAUACAAAACUCCAGGCCAAUCCCAGAGGUCGGGUCCGAGUACCUUUGCAAUGGCUCGCAAAAACAACGAUUCUCAAUAUAUACCCACCCAUAUUCCUUCAAAAAUUCACGAUUCCGGAAACGUCAAAUGUUUCCAGGACUAGUACUGCUCUAUUGGAAAGUGAGAAAUCUAAUACAAAACUCCAGGCCAGUCUCAGAGGUUGGGUCCGAGUACCUUUGCAAUGGCUCGCAAAAACAACGAUUCUCAAUAUAUACCCACCCAUAUUCCUUCAAAACUUCACGAUUCCGGAAACGUCAAAUGUUUCCAGGACUAGUUCUGCUCUAUUGGAAAGUGAGAAAUCUAAUACAAAACUCCAGGCCAAUCCCAGAGGUCGGGUCCGAGUACCUUUGCAAUGGCUCGCAAAAACAACGAUUCUCAAAAUAUACCCACCCAUAUUCCUUCAAAAAUUCACAAUUCCGGAAACGUCAAAUGUUUCCAGGACUAGUUCUGCUCUAUUGGAAAAUGAGAAAUCUAAUACAAAACUCCAGGCCAAUCCCAGAGGUCGGGUCCGAGUACCUUUGCAAUGGCUCGCAAAAACAACGAUUCUCAAUAUAUACCCACCCAUAUUCCUUCAAAAAUUCACGAUUCCGGAAACGUCAAAUGUUUCCAGGACUAGUACUGCUCUAUUGGAAAGUGAGAAAUCUAAUACAAAACUCCAGGCCAGUCCCAAAGGUCGGGUCCGAGUACCUUUGCAAUGGCUCGCAAAAACAACGAUUCUCAAUAUAUACCCACCCAUAUUCCUUCAAAACUUCACGAUUCCGGAAACGUCAAAUGUUUCCAGGACUAGUUCUGCUCUAUUGGAAAAUGAGAAAUCUAAUACAAAACUCCAGGCCAAUCCCAGAGGUCGGGUCCGAGUACCUUUGCAAUGGCUCGCAAAAACAACGAUUCUCAAUAUAUACCCACCCAUAUUCCUUCAAAAAUUCACGAUUCCGGAAACGUCAAAUGUUUCCAGGACUAGUACUGCUCUAUUGGAAAGUGAGAAAUCUAAUACAAAACUCCAGGCCAGUCUCAGAGGUUGGGUCCGAGUACCUUUGCAAUGGCUCGCAAAAACAACGAUUCUCAAAAUAUACCCACCCAUAUUCCUUCAAAAAUUCACAAUUCCGGAAACGUCAAAUGUUUCCAGGACUAGUUCUGCUCUAUUGGAAAAUGAGAAAUCUAAUACAAAACUCCAGGCCAAUCCCAGAGGUCGGGUCCGAGUACCUUUGCAAUGGCUCGCAAAAACAACGAUUCUCAAUAUAUACCCACCCAUAUUCCUUCAAAAAUUCACGAUUCCGGAAACGUCAAAUGUUUCCAGGACUAGUACUGCUCUAUUGGAAAGUGAGAAAUCUAAUACAAAACUCCAGGCCAGUCUCAGAGGUUGGAACUUCACGAUUCCGGAAACGUCAAAUGCUUCCAGGACUAGUACUGCUCUAUUGGAAAGUGAGAAAUCUAAUACAAAACUCCAGGCCAGUCCUAGAGGUCGGGUCCGAGAACCUUUGCAAUGGCUCGCAAAAACAACGAUUCUCAAUAUAUACCCACCCAUAUUCCUUCAAAAAUUCAUGAUUCCGGAAACGUCAAAUGCUUCCAGGACUAGUACUGCUCUACUGGAAAGUGAGAAAUCUAAUACAAAACUCCAGGCCAGUCCUAGAGGUCGGGUCCGAGUACCUUUGCAAUGGCUCGCAAAAACAACGAUUCUCAAUAUAUACCCACCCAUAUUCCUUCAAAAAUUCACGAUUCCGGAAACGUCAAAUGCUUCCAGGACUAGUACUGCUCUACUGGAAAGUGAGAAAUCUAAUACAAAACUCCAGGCCAGUCCCAAAGGUCGGGUCCGAGUACCUUUGCAAUGGCUCGCAAAAACAACGAUUCUCAAUAUAUACCCACCCAUAUUCCUUCAAAACUUCACGAUUCCGGAAACGUCAAAUGUUUCCAGGACUAGUUCUGCUCUAUUGGAAAAUGAGAAAUCUAAUACAAAACUCCAGGCCAAUCCCAGAGGUCGGGUCCGAGUACCUUUGCAAUGGCUCGCAAAAACAACGAUUCUCAAUAUAUACCCACCCAUAUUCCUUCAAAAAUUCACGAUUCCGGAAACGUCAAAUGUUUCCAGGACUAGUACUGCUCUAUUGGAAAGUGAGAAAUCUAAUACAAAACUCCAGGCCAGUCUCAGAGGUUGGGUCCGAGUACCUUUGCAAUGGCUCGCAAAAACAACGAUUCUCAAUAUAUACCCACCCAUAUUCCUUCAAAACUUCACGAUUCCGGAAACGUCAAAUGUUUCCAGGACUAGUUCUGCUCUAUUGGAAAGUGAGAAAUCUAAUACAAAACUCCAGGCCAAUCCCAGAGGUCGGGUCCGAGUACCUUUGCAAUGGCUCGCAAAAACAACGAUUCUCAAAAUAUACCCACCCAUAUUCCUUCAAAAAUUCACAAUUCCGGAAACGUCAAAUGUUUCCAGGACUAGUUCUGCUCUAUUGGAAAAUGAGAAAUCUAAUACAAAACUCCAGGCCAAUCCCAGAGGUCGGGUCCGAGUACCUUUGCAAUGGCUCGCAAAAACAACGAUUCUCAAUAUAUACCCACCCAUAUUCCUUCAAAAAUUCACGAUUCCGGAAACGUCAAAUGUUUCCAGGACUAGUACUGCUCUAUUGGAAAGUGAGAAAUCUAAUACAAAACUCCAGGCCAGUCUCAGAGGUUGGAACUUCACGAUUCCGGAAACGUCAAAUGCUUCCAGGACUAGUACUGCUCUAUUGGAAAGUGAGAAAUCUAAUACAAAACUCCAGGCCAGUCCUAGAGGUCGGGUCCGAGUACCUUUGCAAUGGCUCGCAAAAACAACGAUUCUCAAUAUAUACCCACCCAUAUUCCUUCAAAAAUUCAUGAUUCCGGAAACGUCAAAUGCUUCCAGGACUAGUACUGCUCUACUGGAAAGUGAGAAAUCUAAUACAAAACUCCAGGCCAGUCCUAGAGGUCGGGUCCGAGUACCUUUGCAAUGGCUCGCAAAAACAACGAUUCUCAAUAUAUACCCACCCAUAUUCCUUCAAAAAUUCACGAUUCCGGAAACGUCAAAUGCUUCCAGGACUAGUACUGCUCUAUUGGAAAGUGAGAAAUCUAAUACAAAACUCCAGGCCAGUCCUAGAGGUCGGGACCGAGUACCUUUGCAAUGGCUCGCAAAAACAACGAUUCUCAAUAAAUACCCACCCGUAUUCCUUCAAAAAUUCAUGAUUCCGGAAACGUCAAAUGCUUCCAGGACUAGUACUGCUCUACUGGAAAGUGAGAAAUCUAAUACAAAACUCCAGGCCAGUCCCAGAGGUCGGGCCAAUCCCAGAGGUCGGGUCCGAGUACCUUUGCAAUGGCUCGCAAAAACAACGAUUCUCAAUAUAUACCCACCCAUAUUCCUUCAAAAAUUCACGAUUCCGGAAACGUCAAAUGUUUCCAGGACUAGUACUGCUCUAUUGGAAAGUGAGAAAUCUAAUACAAAACUCCAGGCCAGUCCCAAAGGUCGGGUCCGAGUACCUUUGCAAUGGCUCGCAAAAACAACGAUUCUCAAUAUAUACCCACCCAUAUUCCUUCAAAACUUCACGAUUCCGGAAACGUCAAAUGUUUCCAGGACUAGUUCUGCUCUAUUGGAAAAUGAGAAAUCUAAUACAAAACUCCAGGCCAAUCCCAGAGGUCGGGUCCGAGUACCUUUGCAAUGGCUCGCAAAAACAACGAUUCUCAAUAUAUACCCACCCAUAUUCCUUCAAAAAUUCACGAUUCCGGAAACGUCAAAUGUUUCCAGGACUAGUACUGCUCUAUUGGAAAGUGAGAAAUCUAAUACAAAACUCCAGGCCAGUCUCAGAGGUUGGGUCCGAGUACCUUUGCAAUGGCUCGCAAAAACAACGAUUCUCAAUAUAUACCCACCCAUAUUCCUUCAAAACUUCACGAUUCCGGAAACGUCAAAUGUUUCCAGGACUAGUUCUGCUCUAUUGGAAAGUGAGAAAUCUAAUACAAAACUCCAGGCCAAUCCCAGAGGUCGGGUCCGAGUACCUUUGCAAUGGCUCGCAAAAACAACGAUUCUCAAAAUAUACCCACCCAUAUUCCUUCAAAAAUUCACAAUUCCGGAAACGUCAAAUGUUUCCAGGACUAGUUCUGCUCUAUUGGAAAAUGAGAAAUCUAAUACAAAACUCCAGGCCAAUCCCAGAGGUCGGGUCCGAGUACCUUUGCAAUGGCUCGCAAAAACAACGAUUCUCAAUAUAUACCCACCCAUAUUCCUUCAAAAAUUCACGAUUCCGGAAACGUCAAAUGUUUCCAGGACUAGUACUGCUCUAUUGGAAAGUGAGAAAUCUAAUACAAAACUCCAGGCCAGUCUCAGAGGUUGGAACUUCACGAUUCCGGAAACGUCAAAUGCUUCCAGGACUAGUACUGCUCUAUUGGAAAGUGAGAAAUCUAAUACAAAACUCCAGGCCAGUCCUAGAGGUCGGGUCCGAGUACCUUUGCAAUGGCUCGCAAAAACAACGAUUCUCAAUAUAUACCCACCCAUAUUCCUUCAAAAAUUCAUGAUUCCGGAAACGUCAAAUGCUUCCAGGACUAGUACUGCUCUACUGGAAAGUGAGAAAUCUAAUACAAAACUCCAGGCCAGUCCUAGAGGUCGGGUCCGAGUACCUUUGCAAUGGCUCGCAAAAACAACGAUUCUCAAUAUAUACCCACCCAUAUUCCUUCAAAAAUUCACGAUUCCGGAAACGUCAAAUGCUUCCAGGACUAGUACUGCUCUAUUGGAAAGUGAGAAAUCUAAUACAAAACUCCAGGCCAGUCCUAGAGGUCGGGACCGAGUACCUUUGCAAUGGCUCGCAAAAACAACGAUUCUCAAUAAAUACCCACCCGUAUUCCUUCAAAAAUUCAUGAUUCCGGAAACGUCAAAUGCUUCCAGGACUAGUACUGCUCUACUGGAAAGUGAGAAAUCUAAUACAAAACUCCAGGCCAGUCCCAGAGGCCAGUCCCAAAGGUCGGGUCCGAGAUACCCACCCAUAUUCCUUCAAAACUUCACGAUUCCGGAAACGUCAAAUGUUUCCAGGACUAGUUCUGCUCUAUUGGAAAAUGAGAAAUCUAAUACAAAACUCCAGGCCAAUCCCAGAGGUCGGGUCCGAGUACCUUUGCAAUGGCUCGCAAAAACAACGAUUCUCAAUAUAUACCCACCCAUAUUCCUUCAAAAAUUCACGAUUCCGGAAACGUCAAAUGUUUCCAGGACUAGUACUGCUCUAUUGGAAAGUGAGAAAUCUAAUACAAAACUCCAGGCCAGUCUCAGAGGUUGGGUCCGAGUACCUUUGCAAUGGCUCGCAAAAACAACGAUUCUCAAUAUAUACCCACCCAUAUUCCUUCAAAACUUCACGAUUCCGGAAACGUCAAAUGUUUCCAGGACUAGUUCUGCUCUAUUGGAAAGUGAGAAAUCUAAUACAAAACUCCAGGCCAAUCCCAGAGGUCGGGUCCGAGUACCUUUGCAAUGGCUCGCAAAAACAACGAUUCUCAAAAUAUACCCACCCAUAUUCCUUCAAAAAUUCACAAUUCCGGAAACGUCAAAUGUUUCCAGGACUAGCUCUGCUCUAUUGGAAAAUGAGAAAUCUAAUACAAAACUCCAGGCCAAUCCCAGAGGUCGGGUCCGAGUACCUUUGCAAUGGCUCGCAAAAACAACGAUUCUCAAUAUAUACCCACCCAUAUUCCUUCAAAAAUUCACGAUUCCGGGAACGUCAAAUGUUUUCAGGACUAGUACUGCUCUAUUGGAAAGUGAGAAAUCUAAUACAAAACUCCAGGCCAGUCCUAGAGGUCGGGUCCGAGUACCUUUGCAAUGGCUCGCAAAAACAACGAUUCUCAAUAUAUACCCACCCAUAUUCCUUCAAAAAUUCACGAUUCCGGAAACGUCAAAUGCUUCCAGGACUAGUACUGCUCUAUUGGAAAGUGAGAAAUCUAAUACAAAACUCCAGGCCAGUCCUAGAGGUCGGGUCCGAGUACCUUUGCAAUGGCUCGCAAAAACAACGAUUCUCAAUAUAUACCCACCCAUAUUCCUUCAAAAAUUCAUGAUUCCGGAAACGUCAAAUGCUUCCAGGACUAGUACUGCUCUACUGGAAAGUGAGAAAUCUAAUACAAAACUCCAGGCCAGUCCUAGAGGUCGGGUCCGAGUACCUUUGCAAUGGCUCGCAAAAACAACGAUUCUCAAUAUAUACCCACCCAUAUUCCUUCAAAAAUUCACGAUUCCGGAAACGUCAAAUGCUUCCAGGACUAGUACUGCUCUAUUGGAAAGUGAGAAAUCUAAUACAAAACUCCAGGCCAGUCCUAGAGGUCGGGACCGAGUACCUUUGCAAUGGCUCGCAAAAACAACGAUUCUCAAUAAAUACCCACCCGUAUUCCUUCAAAAAUUCAUGAUUCCGGAAACGUCAAAUGCUUCCAGGACUAGUACUGCUCUACUGGAAAGUGAGAAAUCUAAUACAAAACUCCAGGCCAGUCCUAGAGGUCGGGACCGAGUACCUUUGCAAUGGCUCGCAAAAACAACGAUUCUCAAUAUAUACCCACCCAUAUUCCUUCAAAACUUCACGAUUCCGUAA